AUGUCGUCAAAAGCUGAAUAUCUGAAGAAAUAUUUAUCAAAUGAUGCUUCCGAUAAACCCAAAAAGAAGAAGAAAAGUUCAAAACCGGAUAAAUACGUUGGGUUGGUUUAUUUUUUGAAAAAUUAUUCGAAAUAGUGUUUUUUUUCAGAAUGCGAUUAAUCGAAGAUGACGCUUUCAUUGCAGUUGAAGCUGCAAAGCAAAAAGAUAUUGGAUCAGAUGAAGAACGAGAAGAAAUUGAAGUUUUGAAAGAAAGUGUAAAGAAAGCCAGGAUAAAUCCUGGUUUCAAACAAACAUUUUCAUCGGUUCAAGAAGUGAAAAAAGAAAUUAAAGAAGAACUUGUAUCACCUGAUCAAUCACCACCAAGAACGGGUAAUAUUCAUAAUUCUUACGAUUAUAUAAGAAAUAUAUCUGUUAUUUUCAGCACGCCGAAAACGCCACGACAGUGACGAGUCUCCAAAAAGAAGAAAAUCACCAUCUCCAGCACCACGAAGAAAAAGACACGAUAGCGAUAAUUCUCCAAUUAGAAAUCGAGGAAAUGACAGUGAUAAUUCGCCACCAAGAAGAAAUAGUGAGUAUCAACCUCUAUUCACUAAGGUGGAUUUUUUGAAUAUUCCAAUAUUUUCAGAUAGUUCUCCCGGACCUUCCAGACGCCAACGAAAUGAUAGCGACAAUUCACCAGUUCGCAGAAAUGGUGAGUUUCUUGUGAAAAAAAAAUAGAAAAUGAUUUUUGAAAAAUUUUUUUCACGCUUUCAAACAAAAAACCACGUGACCCCAAAAUAAAAAACAAAUAAAUAAAUCCCAAAAUUUUUCAUUUCUACAGAUAGUCGUUCGAGAAAACGCCACGAUAGUGAUAAUUCGCCACCACGAAGAAAAGGUAUUUUUUCUGGAAAAAAAUCAGAAUUUUCAACAAAAAAUCCUAUUUUUCCAGAUGACCGUGAUAGCGAUGUUUCGCCACCAAGAAAACAACGAAGACGAAAUGAUAGUGAUAAUUCGCCGCCAAGAAUGAAAGGUAACUUUUUUUGGAACCGCCCUAAAAAUAAUUAGGGAAUACGAGACUGAAAAUUAUAGCCUAAAUAAAUUUUUUAGGCUCGAUUUUUAGUUUAAAUUCUUCAAAAAUUUGCCGGAAAUUUUGAGGCUCCUCUAAUUCGGACAGUGUAUUUUUGUAAUAAUUUCUUUCAAAAUUUUUUGAUCAACUAAAAUAUUUAAUUUUGUCAGACCAUUUUUCCCCCACAAAACCCAUAUUUUUUGUCAGAUCGUGAUAAUUCACCGCCACGAAGAAAUCGAGAAAUCAAAAAAGAAAUCGAUAGCGAUGAUGAUUCAGUGGCCAAAAAAACAUUGGAUGGAAAAAAAGCUGGACUUCAAUCAGCUCGAGAUUUGAAAGAAGAAGGCGAAAGAAUUCGAAGAAAAGAGGCGAAAAUGUUCGAUGAAUUGGAUUCAACAAUUUCUGGGCGAAAUGCUGAAACAGUUUAUAGAACAAAACAAACAAAAAGGCGUGGAGCUAAAGAAGAAACUGAAGAAGAAAAAGCGAAAAAAGAGCGAGAAAAUAAGAAGACUGAAGAAUUGAAAGAAAAAUAUAAAGGAUGGAAUAGAGGUGUUGCUCAGAUUAGUGAAAGACAAGCACAAUUGGAAGAAAUGGCGAGAGUUGCUGCUGAACCAAUGGCAAGAAGAAAAGAUGAUGAAGAAAUGAAUCGACAUUUGAAAGAAGUAUUACAUGAAGCUGAUCCAAUGGCAAAUGUUAUUCGAAAAAAGCGAAGAGAAACUGCAAUUGAUCGAGGUGAAUUGGUUUAUCCGACUUAUAAUGGAACAUGGACACCGAAUCGAUUUGGAAUUCCGCCGGGAUAUCGAUGGGAUGGAGUUGAUAGGUUUGUUUUUUUUUCAAAAUUCUAAAAUUCAGUGAAACAUUUACCUGAAAAGAGUUUAAAGACAAUUUUUUAAGUUUUCGAAAUUUAUUUUUCUGUUUUUCGCAGAAUAAAAAACAAGUUCAAUAGGUGAAAUUUUCGAUCUCAUAGUUCAUUUUUGUCAGAAAAUUUUGUACUUUUUUUGCAAAUUAUUUUUAUUUCAGAUCGAAUGGCUUCGAAGGAAGAGUUGCACGAACAGACAAUCAAAAAGCAGCAAAUCAAUCCGAAUAUUAUAAAUCAAUCGCUGAAUACGAAUAA